GAAAAUCUCGCAUUUCCAAGAACAAUACGCAGUACGUACUGGUAUUAUUUAGUCUACUAGAAUCUGUAGCCCCGUCUAUCAAGAAUGUAAAUCACUCUUGGAUGAAUAUAGCAUUGAACAGUGACAGCAAUGGUUUAGGACGGUUUUGCUUCUAAAUGGUCGUGGGGGACCCGAGGUGUUCAUUGAAAACUUCUGCAUAGCCCGUUAGCUGGUUGAAUGCUGCCCGUCGGCUUCGAGCUAAGGCCAGGAUGGAGUGCGUGAAUGAGUGAAUACUUCACUAGUAACAGCAGGUUAUAUAGGAGUAGGACGCGCACAGAGAUAUCCCGACGUGCCAAUACUACAAGUAACGUCAAAGAACUAGAAGAGCAGUUGUGAUCAUUCAUGAAUGCUGGGUACACAACAACUACUACAAAACAUACAAGAUGGCAAGACCACGGAGACCAUUUCCAUGGUUAACCUAGAUCGUUUCCGUGGGUAUUUUUGACUUUUUGCCAGACGCGAUCGGGCACAGAAGUAAACGGUUGCAACCAGACGCGAUUGGGCACAGUUGCAAGCAGACGCGAUUGGGCACAAGCAUUUUGGAUUUUUUACCAGUAGGAAAACAGCUUUUUUUUCGGCCAAAGUUGAGGAUGCUGGUUCCUCUUCUUGCCACCACUGCAGGGAGCACGCCGCGCCGCCUGCUGGCUGCAUUUUUCUUAAGGGUCAUCCUUUAAUCUCAAAUUUAGACCAGGUGACGAAAUAUUAGACUUAAUAUAGACUUACAGCAGUUCUCUUCCUUGACGACUAGAUUUUUUCUGCUGAAACGGCUAUCGUUAUCUUCGAUGUGACCAUAUUGGUGUGACUUCUCCUUUGUGCUACCUACGCAUCUGAAGAUGAACAUUACUACUGCACCAGGGGAUGGCAUUCUGGUGCAGCGUCCUCAAAAGACUUCUUUCAUCUUCGCAGUCUCAAUAAAUUUCUUGAAUUUCUAAGGUAUACAUGCUUACUGCUGCAGGGGAUAGUCAAAUACAACUCGUCUUAGACUUUCGUAGUUCCAGUAUUUUGUUGAGUUGAUGCCUGUUCUAUGUUAUUAAGGUUAAAUGCUAGACUCCUCUCUCGUGCAUAGCUUAGAUUCUUCUUUUAUGCCUAGCUGUGGCUCCUCCUCUUUCGAAAAGUAAGUAGACUCCUCUUGUUUCGUGCCUAGCUUAAGAGUAAGUAGAUUCCUCUUUUGUACCUAGCUUAAGAGUAAGUAGUAGACUCCUCGUUCGUGCAGAGCCUAAAUAGACACCUCUUUCGUGCCUAGCUGAAGAGUAAGUAGACUCCUCUUUCGUGCCCAGCCUAAGUAGACACCUCUUUUGAGCGUAGCCUAAAUAGACACCUCGCAUGAAGACCUGUGAGGGAAACCGAGCCUCAUAGACCUCUAAUCUUAUCGUUAUCGUUUGUCCUAAUCUCAUCGUUUGUCUUGUUGUGCCUUCCUGUCCUAGGAUGGGAUGCGGACGAGCGAGGGGUGCGGCAGGACCCCGUAAACUACUACCAGGCCUUCGAGUACUUGGGUACCGGAUGGUGCAGGAAUCUCAACUUGGGUUUAGAUUAAGGCUAGUACUUCUCGUUCCUUGGAAAUCUUCGUGGUCUACUUCUAUGUGAAUGUAAAAGUGCGUUUCUCUCACAGCAGUGCUUUAUUUUUGAUAUUCAAAUCCUCGUCCAGUACUAACUAGUUAACGAUUAGUCCUCUUUCCAGCAGCCUUGACCAGGGAGGGUUAGGCAUGAAGUGCAUGACCAUGGCCAAGACUUCAUUUUUCUACAGUCCGACCACAGAAUCAACAAGUACUCAGUGUCGACGAGCUCUAACCAAAACGUAAGAAAAAAACGGUAUCCGGGGAAGCAGAAUGCGCCUCGUUGUGCAUACAAACCGAAACAUGUACAGGAUUUGGUCUGCAGCUGUCGUUAUGGUCGUCUCAUCUUGUAGAAGACGACUUGAGGGGACUCAUGAUAUCGCUUUUCUAUUCAAUGCUGCUCACAAGAAAAAAGGGGCUGCUCGACAUGAUUUCAGAGGGGACCUGUGAAAUACAAGGAAAGAUACUGAGGAAAUCAGUUUCGCCGUUUUCAUAGUCGUGAAUGCUUACCUCCUCGAGGCGAGCAAAUUCCCAUCCCAUUGUUCCCCAUAAUAUUUAUCAGGGGCACACACUACAUGACGAUGACACACACACUCUAAUGUCGCUGCGUGCCGAGUGCGAGAUCUAUGGCCCGAAUUUGGAGAAAGCAACCACAUUAGCCGUUCCUCCAUGGACCUACUUCGCGGACCCAGCGUCUAGACCGGAGAGAGGCGAUGGUAUCCUGAGUACAGAGUGCUACCGGAAGACAGUGAAUGCGGAUAUUAUGCUGAAGCAAGCGGUUAGUUUUUCCUCUAUUCUUAAGCUUAUCCCUUUGAACAAAACAGCAGAUAAUAUGACGUUGCACCGCACUGAGUAUGGUUUUGUACGUGAUUGAAUGUGGCCACGACUCAUCGUAGACGUGGCAGAACAAUGGAGCAUGAGUAGUGAACUCCAAACGUGAAUGUAGACACGACCCAUAGUAGAUGUAGACACGACUCAUAGGAGUCAAGACGAUGUAGACGCGCAUGAAUGUAGACACUGACUGAUUAUGAGUAAAGACGUGGACACUAUUCAAGGUGAUGUAGGCACUCCCAGUAAAGAUGUAGACAGACUCAUAGUAACAGGAUGUAGACAUUCCCAGUAAAGACGUAGACCACAUUCGUAGUGGAAGAUGCAGGCCACAUUCACAGUAAGCAGAUAUUUUUAGUCGCGCGUGCUCUAACCCCCGAACUCCAGUCGAAGCCUGCUACCCUGCCGAACCAGACGAUUCGCGAUAUUUCCACGCAAAGCCAUGCGUGGAGGGCAUCUCGAUAGCGGAAGGCGGAACUUGUACUUAAGGCUUCCGCUAAUCCAUCUCUUCUAUAGGGACGAUCCCUCAAGGACAGUAUGCGCCCUAAUACAAGUGGAAUACUGACGCAUCCAUACGCUUGAGGGAUUUCCACGGGGAUGAAUUGGGGAGAGGUCUAAUUUGCCUUGGUGUGCAAUACUCAAGCUGGAUAUGUUCCGUUUCCGGCGCCGCCUGAAAAAGCCAUCUGUCGAGAGGGUCGCCUCGUAGAUGUUACUAGCGGACAAGUAGCCGGAUGCGUCACAGCUGCCCAGCAAAUUAACCUGCAACUUCUCUUAUGGAAAUACUUAUUCAGAAUUUGAAUAGUUUAAAGGUGCUUUUCUUACCGCUUUUUAUGCCUCUUCUAAGGGAGAAAGGCAUAACAAGCGGGGUGAGCGAACACCAAAAACCUACCUCUAUUCUUCAUCAGAAGAACAUGAAAAAUUUUUUAGUGAAAAAGUUUUUGAUUUUGUAUACUAUAAUAUUUGGUUUAAAAACUAGCAGAAAACCAACUCUAGAACAACUAGCGGUGCUCUGUCUUCUAGAACUCUAGAACCCCAACUCUAAGACGAGCGAGAACCACAGAUAUAUCGUGGCCGUUGGAUCGCAUGCGCGCUCCGUUGAGAAGUUGGUGGUUCGAUAGGGUCGACCUGGAUCUCCUCUAUUCUCCAGGUCGCUACGAAGUUCAGCGAGAAUUCCCCAUCGUCUGGGCUGAAUUUGAUUACGGCGAAGUAGAGUAAGUAAUCCCGUUCGACGCUAUAUUAUAUAUACAGUCUUUGUUGUAGUAAUUGAUUCAACAUGAUCUUUACAGCGUAGUCUCUAUGUCCGUAGUUAUAUUUCCCUCCUCUUCGCUAUGAAUGUAUAAGAAUAAGUUUAAGUAAAUAGAUACUGAGUAGUACCUUUUAGUUUUUUCCUCGUAGAAGAACCCUUAUUCUACUCUAACUUCCCUCCAUGAGUUAUAGAUACUGAUUAGGCAUCUGAGUAGUCAAUCAGGAUUUUGAGCUAACCUCCAAGAGAUGAAUCUUCCAGAUUAAAUGAGCGCUAAUUUGCGACGCGUUUUAUUUGUAAUGGAUACGAGCAUUAUCCGGAAAUGGCGCCCAUAGCGAGAUUGGACCCGAAGCUCAUACUCCCCAUGCACAUCGAUCUCAGUGUGGAAAUGAAACACUCUUUGCAAUUCGCAUUACAUUACGGCUCACACGACAAACACCCAUGUUUCAAUCAGAGAGAAGCGACCUUUUUUCGCUUGAUGAUGUCGCAUUUCCACUAAAGAUUAUCUCCUUCUGUUUCUGGUGUGCUAAGGAAAUUUUUGAAAGAAAAGAAGCAUGAAAAGAAGAGAAAGAUGACCUUCCGUUUCAAUUGGUUGCAAGCAGAAGCAGGAGCUUUUACUUGUUUUACGCUCGUUUUUUAAUCCUAAAUGCCGAACCAAACAACUGUCCUACACUGUGCUAACUAUUCCUACAACCAAACAACUGUCCUACCCUGUACUAUUGAAUUUGAAUGACUCGUCUAAUCCUAAAUGCCGAAUCAAACCGUUGGAUUGCAAGUGACCAGUUGCGAAUUUAACCGGACCAGAGCCAUGGUGUAUCUGCCUUCACCUUGGCGCAACGCAGCUCAAGAAAGGGACUUUCUUGAUACUUUGAACGGCUUGACGGCGAACAACCUGCAGUUAAGAGCGUAUCUCGAUCUCCUCAUCUGCGUUUAUACUCAAUAGAAUCUCGUCCUCUGUGGUUAAGCGCGUCUCUCCUCAGCUCAAUAGACUAACUUAGUGUCUUGCAAUUACUGUUCCUGUUGUGCUUGUCUUCGUGAGGUUUAUUCUCAAUAGAUUAGCAAGUAUCUAAUCAUGAUCUGUGUGGUUAGUCUCAAUAGAUUAACAAGUAUCAAUUUAUAGGCAUGAUCUCCGUGGGGCGAGGUCAUUGAUUUUUGAUUAAGUAACUUCUUUGGAUCACACCGGCUCGCCAAGGUGAUCUUUAAGAACAAAGCUAUUCACCUAGCUCCUCUAGUUGAUGCUCGACUUGGUUGUACAUUUGCUGCUUCAACGUCCCCUUCAAGACUAUUUUUCCUUAUGACAGACUCUAAUUCAGGCUCUGAACGCUGCACUCCAUCACAAUUUACGCUUUGGGCGGAUGCCGAAUCUGUUGGAAUACAACAAUACGGAUGGCCUAGUUUUCAUCAAGUCCAAAUGGGAGAAGAAGGAGUGCGUCGAAGACUUCACGUUAAGGCUCUCACUAAGUCGUCCUCUUUGUUUGAGAAGCAUCCUUCCUUGAGAAUCGUCUACGGACGUAGAGGUGCCGUCCUCUUUGAGAAGCACCUUUGAGAAUCGUCUACGGGCGUUAGAGGUGCGGCAGUCGCAGCUGCGGGGAGGUUGGUCGUAGGCAAAUUUUAUAAACGGCGGGUUCGUAGGCAAUUAGUCGGCCAUUUUAUAAUCGACGGGUCCCUAGGCAAUUAGUGCGCGGUAGUAUAAGGAGGUUAAUGCACUCCACGCGUCGCCGGCAGGUACACCGGACAACACUGGGAUCACCCUCUCGGCGUUCUCGGACUACAAACAAAAAAAAAAGGUGCCCUGUAGCGGCACCCUGAUUGAUUGACUGAUAGAUUGAUUGAUUGAUUGACUGAGAAGCAUGAGGGAGUACUUACUUCCGCGGGCCACUCCUCGUCCCUACUUUGCAGGGAUGCAGCACCACUUCUUGAGAGAUGAUGAAUUGCGGACGGUUCUAAUCGCGUACGAUAAUUACGCCGGAUGCCAGUACCAGACGACGACGGGCCUAAGGUGCCAAACGUGGGAACAAAUAGUGCCGCACUUACAUCCUUUUGCCUCUUCCACCUACCUGACAACGGAUCCCUUGAAGGAUUUGAGGGGGUUCAACGAUUUAAACCCAUACGCUCAAGCGGAGCUCGCUGCUAGGGAAGAAGCGCGACGUGGCAGUACUACAAUGUUAAGACCUAAAAAUCCAUCAUCUCCACAGCGAAGUAGUCAGUAUCUCAGAGCAAUAAGUUAACUCUUCAAAGUAUAACAACUUAAACUUUGUUUUGUUCAUACUUUGUUUGUGUAAAAAACUAACAGUUUUUAAUAAUGUUAAUUAUACCUUGAGAUGAGGCAAAAAGGGCAUCUCCGUAACUAAGGGGAAAAACAGGAAGUAGAUGGAUGAAGGUGAACUCCUCUAACGAUGGCACCAGAGACGUAUUUAGGAGGGCCAACGACAGCGUCCCCUAAUGCGCCGAGUGAAUUUGGAGUUACCAACUUUGACGCUGACGUCCAAUAUGCGGGAGAAUUGUUGCAGUCGAUACCCUUAGAGCUGAACUAUUGCCGAAACCCAGACGGGCGUAAUCCUGGUAGCGCAGAAAAAGGUGGCUCCAAUGCUAUCUGGUGCUUUACCUCGAACCCACUUUAAGGCUACUUAUAUUAUAUGUAUCACAACUAAUAUAAUCGAUCCCCCCGUGUGAAGUAAGUAAGUAUCUAUCAGCAUGCUGAGUGAAGCUGAAGUCCCCUUGCUUGAUUUCAACAAGGGGAAACAUAGCAGGGGCACACUACAUCGGACACACUUAUCACUCAACGACCACACGGCAGCACAUCUUGUUGACUCAACCUAUUAAUCACUCACACUUUUUGAUCACAACUCCUUCACUCAAGCUCAAUCUCUAUCCUUCUUGUAGUGAAAAAACACUAGCCCAGCGUUAAUGACUGCUCCGCUUCGAUUACUGUGCUUCUCUAGCAGUUUAUCCUGUUCCUGAACUGUGUCUGACGCAAGUUCGCGGAACGCAGGAAGCGCAACAGAUGUCAACGAUCAAUCUGGCAGGUGAGGUCAUCACACGCAAUGCGACGACGGUUAGACCGUUUUUUAUGCUUCACAACAUUUACAGUACCUGUUGGCAAUGUAUAUUUUGUUGAAAUUUUGGAUUUGAUUUUAACAAGGAAAACUUCGUAGAAAAGCUGAACUAGCAGGAAUUCGGACUAGAAGCUACUUCUCUCGUAGUUGUGCAGCUACUUCUCUCGUAGUUGUGCAGCUACUUACUUCUCUAGUACGUUGUAGGUCAGAGGAUAUACUUCUACUUUUAUACUUGUUCUCUAGUUGAUCAUCCCUUUCAUUUCUCUAGUUCCCUACGAAGAGCUGAACGACGAGGGAAUGGAUUGCUCGGAUGUGCAUCCCGAUUUCGAUGGAACUAUUGGGAUGUACUGCAACCCCAACGAUCUGACGAUCAGCUUCAUUACGGCUUACAUGUGUUCAUCUUGAGAUGAGGCAUCUUGGACGCGCUUCAUAGGGGAAAAAUAGGUCAAAGAUGCGCACCAAGAUGAAUUUUGGUAUAAGGUCUAACUUCAACACACACUGCAACGAUACAGUGUUUCUAUUAUGGCUGGAACUCCUCGGCAAAUGAGAAUGACUGAAUGAUGGUUAUUGAGUAGGUAAAUGAAUGAGUGAAUGAUGAGGUUGAGUCUGAAUUAUCAACACAAGCCAAAAGACGGGAAAAACUUAGCGUCUUGACGCCAAGGCCCUUUUCUUGUUCUCCACAUUAAUUUAGACAAAGUAGUUAACUAGGGUUUACGUUUUGUUGUGAUAUCUCUCUGUUUUUUGGGUAUGCUACCCCAACCUGGAGAGUAGGUUCUUCUGGAGAAGUCUCUGAGCUCUAAUCUUUCCUAUCCACGACAAAAUUGUGGAUAAAUACGUGGAAAUCGCUGUGUUAGAUUAAGGCUGUACUAGCUAAUUCACCUUUUUCUUGUGUAUCCUUUUCCUUGAAAUCAAGUAUGCGCGAGUAGGUACUAUUCUCGUGCUAUUUACUCUUCAAGGAUGCACCAGUAGAAAGGUAAAUUACGGAGAUGAGGAGCUCUAAUUAGACGUGGACUCCUACCAAGAUUGCCGUAAGGCUACUAUUGACCAUGGUCUGAAAUAUUUUCGCGAGAGACCGGCUGGCUUUCAGUACCAGAGCUUCAUCAGCAUGCCAGUAGCAGCUGGAAGUGCUGAAAUGCAGCUCGUUCCGACAUCGAAGCAGAACUGUUUGCUUUAUCAGCCUGCGGUCGGGUUUCGGUUUAUCAGCAAAAUAGACGAAGGCGAUGUGGUCGCGGUGUAUGAGAUCAACGGCGUCCCAUACGAGUGGGCGACGAGUCCACCUCAGUUUCGGAUAACAGGGAAAGACGAUGGAGAGGGAGAAGGCAGUAGUGGCACUUUCUUGCUUGUUAAGGCUCUGAUCCCCAUUUUUAGUAAGUACCUGUUGAUAAGGCUCUGAUCCCCAUUUGCUUGUUAAGGCUCUUCAAGUUCGUUGUUGAUUUCCAUUUUUAGUAAGUUCUUGUACAGCUUUUUUGCUUUCUCAAUUACUCGAAAUCUUGCAAUAAGCGAGUAACCAAAACAAUAGCCGAGUAUCUGUGAGAUUAUAUUAUUCCCUAGCGCGCUCGGAUAUUUCAAUUUCUCAAUUCUAAUUCAUUUAGACCUUUCCGGAGAGGGGGACUACUUUGAGAAGAUCAGCAGAAGACUGCAUUCUUGUAAGGACUCCUAGAACGAAUUGAAUAGUCAAUCUUAGCAGGACGAAAACGAAUCCUCGAAUUAUAAUUGUAAGGAGCAGGAGGAGCUACUUUUACCACCUCUAAACCCUGUGGCGGCUUAUUCCUAGGCGUGGUCAUCGUGUAUCAAAUCUACAGUUCCUGUAGGUCUGGUGAGUUGCAGGGCUUGCUUCUGGGCGGGGAUGCUCGUGACAGUGAGGCGAAAAGUAGUGGGAUAUCCGCUUUCCGUGCGGUUUUUCGACACGGGAAGUUGAUACCUUUCAAUCCAGAACUCAUGUUCGCGAAACAGAAAUUAUGUUGUGAUCAUGGAAAAAUCAUUAUAUAUAAGGUUACAGAACUCAUGUUCGCGAAACAGAAAUUAUGUUGAUGAUGGAAAAAUCAUUAUUUUAUGUAUUUUUGUUUCCUAGUUAGACGUGCUUCACCAGUAUUAUUAUAAUGUGAGAGAGUGUGCAGACGCAGAGGCCGCCUUAGAUGAGAAGACCUCCAGGGCAGUUGGACGACACGCGGCGCCCAGAAUAGACGGAUCCUAAUUCACAUGGCCACUAGCAUAUAUUACUUAUAAAAACUUGCUAAAACAAUACAAGUAAACUUUUUCUAUCUCCCCUAGUAGUUAGGUCAGCUCUACCAAUAUUAUUAUAAUGUUAGUCGUUAAUAUCUCUUUUCUCAAUGAGAAUGAUCCGGAACAGGAACAAAUCAAUCUCCUACUAUUUACCUCAUUUUCGUUCUCUUACUGCUUACCUCAUUCAUACCGUUUCCAAAAGACUUCUAUUCAACUUGUUAUGCUUUCAGGCGAGUCUCCAAAAGACUUAAACUUGUUAUGGUUUCCAAAAGACCACUUAUAUUGAAAUGGUUUCAGGCGAGUCUCUAACAUUCGCCGGGUCAGCGGAUGAACGUGCUGCAGAGGCAGGAGGCCUAAGCAAGGAAGAAGAAGUGAGGAAGUUCAUUAGGGAUCGAGAAAUUCUAGAGGCUAACAUCGCUUACGCAGCCGUCGAGAAACAAGCAGCAGCAGACCUGAAGAGGAAACAAGAUUAUGGAAAGCGAACUCGUCACAUUGUACUGUAGUCUAUCAUUUGAAGUUCUCUUCGACUUCAUCUGUGACAACUUUAAUACCGGAAUCUGUUGUAGGGAUCCGAUUUUUCAUUUGAUCUCUUCGACUUCAUCUGAAUCAAUGUAGGUGGGACGAUCGAUAGGGUCGUCGAUCUUCUAGAGUGUAAUUUCUAGAGUGUAAUUUCCCACUUCUCGUCUCUAAUCUGUAGAGGAAAAAACCAAGGAAGCGAUUAGUGGGAAACUGUUGAUUCUGCGGAACUUUUUCUUCGAUGGGACUGCGUGGCGCGGUUACGAUUCUACAGCAUUGGCGGCAGAAUUCGUUGAGCAAGGCAUUGUCGACGAGGACAGAGGCAAGAUCAUCAAGAAAAGUAAGAAGGGGAAGAAGGUACAACUAUUGAUGAAGACGUUUCUGUUUCUUUAGGGUGCUUUGAAUGAUGCUUGGCAUUCGUCAACGAGUCUGCUAGAAUAAACUCAACAAGAAGUUUCUUCAGGGUGCUUUGAAUGAUGCUUGGCACUCGUCAACGAGUCUGCUUUGGUGCUUUGAUACUUGUAAUCUUCAUCCAGAGUCUGCUAUAAUAAUAACUCAUGUGCCAGCCUGCAUGCAAAUACAUUUUCGUAGAACAAAUCCUCUCGUAAUUUCGCUUGUAUAGGAAAUUCUCCUGUAAUCAAGCUAUCCCAUAACCUAGAAAGGUGCCGUAGGGCUUCGAUGUGCAGGAUUCACAACCUAACCUAACCAACCUACACCACCUGGCGCACACCUCUCUCAACACAUCAUCUUCAUUAGGGCAAGCUGACUACUAUAGAGUCUCGUCUGGACCGACGACGCCGCUUUUCGAGGUAUUCCUCGCGACAUACGUUAGCAGAUCAGGAGAUAGGUCUGGACCCGCAUCCUAAUUAAGGCCCAAUACAAAUCAUUUGCAUUUUUCCCUAUUUCCUUCUUAGGCUUACGAUUCCAGAUAAUCCCAAGAUCAUGAGUAGAAAUAAUUUGGUAGGUAGAAUAGUUACUUUCAAAGAAUACACGACUUAGGACACUUCUUGUGAGAGAAGUAAAUGAAGGGAACAAGAAAUGAAUUGUUUGAGCUCUAACCCAACCAGAUCUUGUCGGUGCGUAAGGCAGGAAUCUUGAUGUCCAACAUGCUUCGUCAGUCAAAUGGGCGCAUUUCUGGUAUGCGAAUUGAUGAUGAAGACGGGACAAAGACAGAGUUGGACAGGAGACACCUGGUAUGAAAUUAUUUUCAUUAAUAUCUCAGAAAGGAAGUAUUAUUUUAUUUUUUCGUUCGAGUUUGCACUUGCUGUUGCUGGUUUCUUGCUCUAACAAGUAUCUGUUUUUUUAAUACAACUCCUAGUUCGAUCUCUAGAAACUUAUUUCCAUAAAAAAGGUAAAUAUACAUCUACGACUCGAACUCGAAGUUAGUUCACGCACUUAGACAUUCCUCCUACACGCACUUACUUAGACUGUUCUCCUACACACACUUUCCUCUAACCUUCCAUUUCGCUUUGUCGAUACACGGUAAAAAAGCGUUGAAAGACAUGAAAGCUUCCGUAAUUAUGUUCAGCUUUUAUCCAUCACCAUCUUUCUCGGCAUCUUGCUCCCUUUUUUUUCUUUGUAUCUGAUGGGAGAUGAGGGAUCAAGAUGAGGGGACCGAGAUGGAUAAAAGCUGACACUCUAACGUAAGAACGCACGAGCUAGAACGAGGGUCAGCCUGGGUGCAAAAAGCAGAACGUGCAAUGAUCGUCCCGCAAGACGAAACAAAACAGCUUAUGUUUUUACAUUGUGACAGCGAAUAAUCAAACACCACGUGCAAAACUAGACUCGCCUUACUCGCUUUCAAUCCAUUUUUGUAGAGGAUUUUUUGUAGAGGAAGCAGGAGUAGAGAAGCCAAAGAAACUUCCCUGAAUGCAAAAUACUUAAGUACAUCGUCAUCGUCUGCCCACUACUCCAAGACAACCUCGACAUAAAGCCCUAAGCCCUAAUGAGAAUUCCUCUAUUUCCUCCUACACGCACUAUUAGAGGUGUACUACAGGAGGUGUAAGUAGGAUCCACCUGCUAACGUAUUAUAGAAGGACGGCACCUUCUGGUACACCUCGGUUUAGUUAGGUUCAUCUGUCCUCAAACCUCUAAACUUCGGAGCAGCUUGACGCCUUUCGUUGCGAAGUACUACGUGAGGAAGGCGAUGGACGAAGAGGAUAAGGUUUUGGAGAGACCGCCGCAUAGGGUGAUCCGCAAGUAUCGUUUGCGACAUCAAGUCACGCAGAAACUGAGGACGCACUUGUACAAAAAGCGCAGCUUCUUCCGGUCUAUGGGGUGGAACCCAUUGAGAGACGAAGCGGGUAGAAACUAUUUAAUACUUCUUGGAGUUGUGUUGAGUUGUCGAGAAAAUAAAAUUUUAGUUCGUUCCUAGACGAAACGUCUAGGUAUUCUCUACUGACUGUCUUUAGCUUACUCAUCUACUCGGUUCAUUCUUAGCAUGGUGAAUCACUACAGGACCUAUAACGAAUAUCCAAUCUUGACCACGAGAAUGCUAGAAGGUACAGGACCUAUAACGAAUAUCCAAUCUUGAGAAUGCUAGAAGGAUUCUUGAACUUGAUCCACAGGUACUCUCCAACUAGCACCAGAAAGAAAAGCCGCGGUCCGAAGCAAGAAGGAUAAGAUGAAGAACAAGGGCGUCAUCCAGACUGAGAUCGAAUUAGAUGCGCAAUACACAAUGGAAAUGGAACCUCAGGUAGCACAGAAAGCUCUCUCGCACUUCGUGAAGCGGAAUAAAAAGAAGCACGAAGAGGAAGACGCAGUAACCGAGUCCGACCCGGAAACAGCACACGCACAGGCCUCCUCAUCAGUGCGACUGAGAAAACAAGGAUCGAAGCUGUCGCAAGAGGUACUACAAUCUCGUCAGUGUUGUGAUCUUUGAGAAUAGAACUGCGGACCCUUCUUUCUUAUUUUUCUAUGCAACUGCCUCCUUUUACUCCCGUUCAGCACUCAUGUGGUCUCUUAAAACCAAUCAGGACACUGCCGCUGGCUCGACAGCACAGGCAGAUCCAGAUGGCUUGAUGCCCCUGCUCAGCGAUGGCUCACCUCGGUCUCCGUACUCACCACCCCACUCCCCGCAAGACGGGCACUACGUCCAACGAGCGACCAAUGAUGCUUUGCUUUAUGGCUUGUUGUUCUAGUUGCUUCAUGAUCAUGUGAUCGAUGCCGAUUUCAUUUGGAUCUUCAUCGUAGGUGACACGACUGGCAACUGAAACUGCUUCUUCGUGAUUCUUUUGACUCCUGCAGCACUGUGCAUCUCUCUAGUUUUUCUUUGAUUCUUUUCACCUCACUUCAAAUUGUAAGGAUCAUGAAUUGAUGGUCUAAUCACCCCAGCCCAUUCACGAAGAGCAUCCUCAGGCGAUGCGCACGUUUGAGAAGACAGAGGAAUUGCUUACGAAGCAGCGAAAGCACGGCAUUGUCAUCUCUCCGGGUACUCGUGAUCUUAAGGCAAUACAGGAGUCACUGUAUUUAUUUCGUGCAUACUCAACGUAUUAGUAAGUUGUCCCUAUCCUAUGCCUAUCGUAUCGUAUGUAAGUAUCCUAUGUAUUUUAUCGUAUGCAUCCUAUCCUAUCGUAUCAUGUAUCCUAUCCUAUCGCAUGUAUCCCAUUCCUAUCCAAUCCAACGCCAUGAGCCUGGUUGGCUCAGCGUGUGCUGCAUUCUCAUUUCUCAAUUUUCCUUGGCUUCUUUUUCAACUAGAAUGAAUGAUUGCCGCUAGGCCAAGUAGGAUUAGGAUCAUGCUACUAGGGACGAUGCGCCUCCUGUAGUUGUAUACUGUUCUAAUAAUGCUGAUAAAGAACUCGUCAAGACCUACAUUCGGCAGGAGAAGCGUUUUCGUCGCAAAGCGCAUUCUGUUGGGCCUGGAGGUCGUCUGGAGACGAAUGGAAUCUUGUUAAGACUCAAUAUAGAUACUUCUUAAGUAUUUAAUGAUGUCUACAACAAGUCACUCUCAUUUUUCACGGUUUUCUUCUCGGGAUCAUUGCGAGAAAAUUCCUCUUCAAGGAAUGAAACGUUUCGAGCUUGUCCUCUAAUCGUGGGCACUAGAGGCGUCUAUCCAUGGCAACGACCCACAGUGAGCAAUGUGCGUAAGUUUCGAGAACGGAUGCGGAAAUUGUUUGAAUUCGAACGCACAGAGGCAGAGGAAAAGCAAGCUGCAUACGAUCGUUGGAUGGCGAGAAGGGUAAAGUUAAGGCCUGCCGUAAUUCAUCUCAGGAGGCAUCUUCGGACACGAUUUCAAGGGGAGUACACGCGAAAGAUGACUUCCAAGAUGAAUAUCGCGAAGGUCUAAUAGAAGCACGAGAAACCGAAAAUAGGCGACCAGGAUCAGCAGGAAGUGGUGCACGACUGAAACUCCUUGAUGAGGAAAAACCACCAGAGUUCAUGCCGACGGCAGUGAAAACGAAGAGUCCACUACUUUUCUGGCCCCAGUUGAACGGAUCGCGGGCUCAACCAUUUCGAUUUGCUUUGCGGCAUCAGGGUGUCUGGGUACGAGGCGUGGACUUCCAGAUUGCCAGAGAUCACAUGUCGGUGAUCCACUGGUGUGAUUUAGCGGGGAUCGAGAGUUGGGGGAAUCCUCAGAUCGCUUCGAUUGAGCACAAAAUCAUGAAGUUGCAAGGCAGACGAGGCUUGCCAGGAGGCGUUGCGCCGCCGAGAAAUGUUAUGGCGAUCAUAUAAUUUUUUGUUUUUUAUUCUUCUUUUUCUAGAUCGAUACAUUUUUGAGAUCUGGUCCACUCGUACCUGAGGUAGAAGUCAAAGUCGCUUUUCAUAAAAUCCAUGUACAAGUAGUACCCCUACCCCUAAAGUACCUCUACAACCUACCCUACCCCGUAUUCGGAUCUCCAUACCUCCGUAGUUUUCCCAGAGAGCGCUAAGCAUGAUCAAGGCGCAAUGGUAAGCGUUGUAUCUCCGAGCGGCGUCACGAUGCUCCUCAGCAGCGGUGGGGGUGGUGGUAACAAUUCGCUGAUGAUGUCGAACAUGAUGGCGCCAGGUGGUUCUGGAAUGCCCACACCAAUGGGCAGUGGUGGUGGCGGGAAUAUGAUGUCUCCAAUUUAAGGGUCUAGUUUAUCACUAUCCACCCAUGUCGUGGACUGUGCUGUUGCUCAGUCGUGAAGUUCCGCCUGACCAUUUGAAGGGGAAAAUAUAACGAGAAAUCAAAGGGCAACUCACUCGACCAGCAGGGAUAGUGAAAAACGACCUCUAACCAAUUCAUAGUUCAGCCAAUGUUUUUAAUCGUGGCAAAGAAUCUGUUCCGAAGACAUUUUUCGGUAUCAGCAAGGACCAAAAGCUGGUAAACAACACUAACGCGACAAACACGGGGAUGAAUCCUGCCAGCACCGUUGCCGGUAGCACAAACGGUUUGGGUGGCAACGCUGGUGGAGGGCUUUCGCCUUCUAAUUUAUGCAGGCAUCUAGGUUGCAAGUAGGUAGUUUCUUAUUCUUGUCGAACGUCCAUAUUCGAUUCUAAGAAUCUAGAUGCAGAUCUAGCAGCACAUGAGAUUUUUCAUUUUCUGGAUGGGCUCUUUAUUGUUUGUUAGAGAGCCCAAACAAGAACAUCUGGUGAAAUUAAUCAGUGGGACGACGACCGAUUUCUGUUUCUCGAUGAAAAACAAAGAAAAUAAACUUAUCAUGACUGUUGAAUCUUACUCUUACUCUAUUAAUAUGACUUCUCAUUCUCUUCUCUAACAAACGCAGCAGCCGCAGCAGCUCAAGCAGCUGGUGGCACGAUCAAUUCUUCUUCGCAGGAUUCAUUGCUGAAUACGCUGAACGGAACCUUAAUCACGAUUCCCACGAUCGGGAAUACUAGUACGGUCAUUUCUUCCACAAACUAUCGAAAUCCAGAGUUUGAACUAGACGCUAGUGACCCUUGGGCCUUCGCGAGGUUCAUGCUGUGGCGGAGAGAAGACGACGAGGGAGAUGAUAGCAACAUUGUUCUGUGCAAGAAUUUCAGACUGCCACCGAUUAGCAAUCAUUCCUAUUGGCACUACGGUCACGUGUGUUCGAAAGAACGGCUUAGAGGUAUGCUGGCCUUCGUGGAUUUGAAACCUGGACCGGUGGUUGCUGAUCAAGUGGUCUCGACUGUUGUGAAAGUGCUGAGGCAGCGUCCGCACAUGCUAUUAAGGCUCAUGAUUUAAACGAUCAAACUUCUCGUUCUGCACUACAGAUAGUUCAUUUGUUCUCUCAGUUGUUUCCUUCUCAGUUGGCGUGGUUUCCACCUUCUGGGAUUCUGAGACUAUCAACUAAAAAGUUCUUCGAAGAUGAAUUAUUGCGCGCCGCGCUAAUGCCCGGCGGAAGCUUACUGCCGCAGCUGUCCGACAAUGCGGCUGUGGUGAAGAAGAAAGUCUAUGCGUGGGACGCGCGUCGCCAAAGAUUGGUCGUUGACAGAGCUCAUUUAAGCGGAAUGAAGCGUUUUUCUGCAAAACUAGUACACGCACAGCGCGACUUCAUCAAAUCUCACUGGAGCGUACAGAGGUUCGGUCUCAGUCCUCGUGGGAAGACGAUGGGCCGCUUGGGCAAUUUGUACAACCGUGGCGAGGACAAGGGUAGCGGGAAUCGGGCUGCAGAUUUUGACAGUUUCUAUGGGCAGAACAGUAUCGGAAGACGUGUUCAUGGAAGAGUGGCGACGAAACUAAACGUCCUAGUGAAUGAGGAAAUGCAAUUUCAGGCGAUGUCAAGAGCUCUGAUGUUGUCGAAAGGCUUGCUCCCGGAAACAAUCCAAGAAGCGAAACUACCGAAAUUUAUGGAUCGGGAAUUUUUUGCAAAGUAGAAAUCCUCUAUGUACUAGUUCGAAGUCUUCUAUCGCAAGAGUCGAGCAUUGUUCCUCCUCCUCUAAAAACCGGCUUGCAUUACCGGUCGGCAGCUUCGCGGACGAAGACCAUGAUGGAGAAAAAGGCGUAGUGAAGCUGCCUUGGCCAGGGAUAAGUAUCUUGGUUAGAAGUGCGCGGAAUCUUAGAGAUACUAGUGCUUUCGACAUGCCAGACCCCUACGUUGUCGUGACGCUUUUGCCUGCACGCAAUAGACAGAAACCAUCGGUAAGGGGUGGAGGAGGCAUCGGAGGGGGAGGCCUGCCUUUGGUUAGCCCACGCGAUGUGGAAAUUGCAAGUGGUAAAAAGAACAAGAAUGAGGGAAGUGGUUCUAGUCCCAGUGGUCUGACAUUUUCACCAAGUCCAAGUGGAGGAAUGCCACUAGGUUUAUCGCCAGGAGGAGGGUUUGGGAAACUUCUUGGUGUGGGCCUGAAUGCUUCAGGCAGUGGUAAACUAGGUCUUGUUCCACCAAGCCCUGUUGCUUCUUCACCGCGCAGUGGAGGGGCUAUGACGCCCUCUUCUCUGCAGUCGCCACGACCUAGUGAAAAUAGCAAUGACGCUGCUUCCAAUGAUGCCCAACAUGGAUCUACUACGUCGAGCAAGAAAACCGUGGUCAACAAUCGCGGUCGCAUGGGAGGCACUCGUGCUCGUCUCAGAAAGCAGCAACGCACGCAUAUUGUCACCAAAAACGCCUUAGAUCCGGAAUGGAACGCGGAAUUCGAUUUCCUCUACGACGGAGAACAGGAGAUCUUAUUUCAAGUCUACGAUCAUGAUCCAAUAGGCGGAGACGAGUUGCUAGGCGAGGCGAAACUGAAGGCGCCUGCUUUCCAGCACGGCUACGACGGAGAAAUCUCCCUGAAGGAUCCGACGCUAGAGAAAAUCCUGCGAGCUGUUACAGCAGACGAAGCUAGAGCUAUUACGGCUUAGUUUGGUGGAAGUGAUUCUUGAGGUAAUCGAAAACAACUGGAAAUAACCGAGUUACUGACUGAAAUAAGUAGGGAAUCACCACUCUGCUCUUCUUUCUCGAUUUCGGUUAUUCUAACUAGUUACUUGCUUAUUUCAGUUUAUCGAAUAGUUUGUUGGAAGUAGAAGAUUCGAGUGAUCACAUCGGAGGCACACUUCUGAUAGAAGAUUUUUCGAGUGAUGUUUUUAACUUUUGAUCUUGUUUUCACCAACGUACGAUGUUCGACAUGUAGUACAGCACAACCAUCCUCCAACCAUGCUACAACUUACCCAGCUCUAAUCUGAAAGUAGGCGAAACUGGGUUGUCGAUGCAGCCUAAACUUCACAUCGCGGUCGCGCCAAAAAAGGUUGCUCGUGUUACAGUCUCGAAAGCUGAGGAACUCUACGACCCCUCCUGGGCUGAUCCGAGUUUAUUCGGUUCUAGGACGUCGAAGGGUGGGAUCGGAGAGGAGGACGCUUCAGGAGACGACUUGGACAUCAUCAAAAGUCCAAGCAGUGCGAACAGUGCAACUUUAUCGGCGAUAGCUGGUGGAGGGUUGAAGUUACGACUGAUUUUUGAAGAACUUGUUUGUAAGCUAUUGCUAGACCACCACUCUCUGGCCGUGGCCGUAUUCAGAGAAACUUGGGCAUCUACUAAAAAAAUAGAGACGUUCAUGAUCAAGAAUAUAAAUAUAGAUAGUUGUAAUAUGUACCAGGACGAGUUGAUAACGCGGAAGGACGCGGCGUCACUCCGAGAGAACAACGAAGCAGACAUAAAGUGUCAUAGGUCGUCAUCCCCUUUGUCUUCGGUCUUUUUUUUCUCCCUCACCCUCUAACAAUCAAGCGCCCGUCCCCAUCUUCGAAGGCAAAGCUGCCGCAACCAUUCGUGAAAGUCUUCUUGCGGCAAGAGCGAGCCAAUCUCGAGUCUUUUGAGGAGGCUAGUCGAGCGACGAAAACGGCAAGACGUCUUCAUGGUUGCGGUUUGUUGCAGGACGAUACGGAUUGGCGAGGUUUCAGACGCCUUAUCAUGUCUAAAGACGCAGCAACUGCGUGGUCACAAAGUCUCGUAGUUGGUGCUGCGGCACCUUCGUCAAGGGAAGCCUCUCCCUCACCUCCAAGUGGGAACAGUCCCAAAGGUAGUCGUGAAGUCAGCACUGCUUCUCGUAGGGGAGAUGGACUCAGUCGACAGAAUAGUAUGACACAAUCAUCCGGUCGAUCGCCUAACGUGAUUGGAGGACGAGGCGCAGCAGGAGGUAAAAAUAACAAGAGCACAAACACCAGUACGAACAGUCCACCUAACUACAAUAGCAAUACCUCUACAUCAAAUGAAGUACAAGUAGCGUCUCAGUCCCGCGAACUGCCGGGCGCACGACCAGCAGCAGGCUUACGUCGCUCACCGUCGAAGGAGUUUUCGCGUUCACGUUCGAAGUCCAGAGACACUGCAGUAGAGGUCAGAGUCGAUUACAAGAUGAAAACCCCACGUGCUGUGCUGAACGGAGAAGAUUGUAGCACGUCUUGGAAUUGGACAGGAGACAUGGUUUGGAGAGGCGAAGAGGAGCUCUUAUUGCAGGUCUGGGAUAAAGACAUACAAGUACAACGUCCAGUACUAGAGAGUCCACCUGCAGGCGUUAGUGCAAUGAAAAAGAACAAGAGUUCAUCUCUUCCUGGUGGAGUAGGAGCAGCUCUUUCUUCGCCAGAUAAAAAUGUUCUCGGAAAUAAGCAUGUAGAAUUUGCCAGAAACACAUCUGGAACAAGCGAUCGUGGAGUGGGAAGUCCACUACAGAGAGGCGAUGCAUUGCAUAGUGAAGAAUGUGUUUAAGGCUCAAAGAAAGUAAUUCAUUUUCAAGAGUAAUUUUUCCUUGUGUCCUUCUUAGGAUCUUGAGAAAUGGGCCAAAGAAGUGAGGCGUUUAUUUGAGCUCUAACGUGUCGGGGAAUGUCGCACUUUUGUGGGCAACGUCGCUGGUGAACUGCUACUAGCGAAACGAGGACAGCAAGAAGUAUGUCCAGGCAGAAUCACGGUCAAAAUAGAGCUGAUCGGCUUGGACGGACUGCCGGAGGUCGAUGUGAAUAGUAACAACGAGAUUUGGAACUACCUUGGACAGAGAACCGGUUCCAAACCAUUGUUCGGAUCUAGAUCUGCUACUAGAGAAAUUUCCCUUGAUAAUGAAGAGGAGUUAGUAGAGACGACCCAAAGCCUGCCACCGUUGACCUUGGAUAGUUUGGCUGCAUCCCCAGAACUCAUUGAGAGACUGCAGAGACAAGCGACGGAGGAGGAAAGGCGCUUUCUGAGUGGAGAAGUUGCAGCAGGGCAGAAGUUAAGGCAAAAAUGGUGAAUCACUCACAAGAUCUUCAACUUCGUCGUGAGUGGUGAUUUCGUUCUUGAUUGUGCCUGAUAAUGACUAUCUUAUUAAGUACCCUACGUACUGAAAGUCUACUGAGUCUACGACAGCAUAAUCAAGUCCACCACGCUCUUCUAAUUUCAAACGGAGACGUUGCCAACAAAUCUCGUAUCUCUUCUCGAGAGCAGCUUCGUGCUGACUUCCCGGCUCUGGCCAGCUUGAAAUGGGUCAAGAGUACGGCUGUUGGGGGAAGCCUCAUCAAGAAGAAAAAGUUUUCCGCAUUGUUAAGGGUUCCCACAUUACAUCCUUCACUGAUAUAAUCCCUGACUCUACUCUUGCUGGUAGGAAAUGAGUCAGGAGUGUUCUGAGGAAUGUAAUUCCGUAACCUCUAGCAUUAGCAAAGUCGGUAGCAAAAGGCGCGAAGGCGAAACUAGGGGCUGGUGAUCUGGAACAAACGGGUCACGCCGCAUGUCAAUUCAUAGUGCAAAAACCGGACCAGUUCAAUCGAGGACGCAUUCCGGAUAUUCGGUUUGUUACGGCUUGAUGUGCUGGUUCUCAAUAUUAAAUACUAGUACUAGUAAAGAAUUAUAAGUGAAAGUGGAAGAGUUAUAAGUGAAAGUGGAAGAGCAGGUCUGAUUUUGUAAACCGAAAGCGAUGUUUUGGUUUUGUGAUAUUGCUUUUCUGCUUUUCUUCGGGAUUUCUUUCGAUUCAAUACAUGAUGAAAGGAGCGCCACUCAAUCCAUAGACUGUGAUCGUGUAGAUGCAACCUUCAGCGAGCAGGUGCCGGUGGCGCUCGUUGCGCAGGAUCCAUAACCUAACCUAACCACUGGCUUCACCCUCUAAUCCACACCGCUUCCCCGGCCGUUCCGAGAGUAUGCCUGGCAGGCUGUUUCCACAAGGCGUGGAUUAUUCCCGCAACUUUUUCGGUGGUUUAGUUAAGGCCUAGAAAGUAAUUCAUCUUACCACGGCGCAUCUUUGACUGACAGACACAGACCCCUUCUUUAUAAUUGAGGGGGAAGCACUAGCACUAGCACGUGAAAGAUGCUGCCCUUCAAGAGGAAUCAAUGAAUAGAAUUAGGGUCUAAUUUCGGCGGCAAGAUCCGACGGUUGACGCAUCAGAAAGUCCAAAUGGAAAAGCGAGAGUUGGAAGAGAAAGAAUUGGAGCGACAGCGCCAGAAGCUGAAGCUUGAACAAGAAAAAGUUGCGGAAGCGAGAAACCACUUGGCUUUGACGAAUAGCAAGGAACCGCCAGCUAAUUUGAUCUUCACAAUUAUGGUCCUCAGCUUUUUUCCAUCUUUCUCGGCAUCUUGGUACCCUUUUCCCUUGCUGUAUUUCAUGGGACAACUAGGGCAGGCCUCUAUGUUACCCUAUGUAUAAUUCAUAGGAAAAGGGGUCGAGUAUGGGUAGCGGUUGACUCUAACACAAGUGGGAAUCAGGAACAAAGCGGAGGGAAAAAACCCCCGAGACCGGUGGACAACUUUCAGAAACACAUGACAACAGAGAACUUCGGUCUCAGAAUCACGAUUAAGAGUGCGAAAGACUUAGACGAAAAGAAAGGCUCGGACAUUGGUGCGAAUGCGCAGUUUAAUCGCAUGGGAACGGUCGAACAGAAUGCUGAUAUUAUGACUCUCAAGUGUCGUCUACCCGAUCCUGUAGUACCCUCACUUUGGAUAUUUCACUCCAUCAGGGACCCACCCCAACAACUACAACAAUGUCGAUGAAACCUCCCUAACGACCCUAUGAUCAUCUUCUAUCACCUCCUUCACCUUCCAAAGCGCCGCAACGUCUGCAAAAAUGACCUGUGAUCCUUUCGUCCGUAUCUACGUUGGUAAAGACCACUAUUCCAUCGGUGAAGGCGGCGAAAAGUCCGUUCGUGAGGCGAUUGAACGCAAAGCGGAGGACGACAAGUCUAGUACCAUUCUGACGCCGAGCCAACUGAAGAAGCGGAGUGGUUUGGGAGAUCCUGAAGUUCUAGUCUAUAGUUCGAAAGUGAUCGAAGAUUCGCGGACACCACAAUGGGGAGGCGCGAAGGGGGAUCGAGUACAAGUUUUGUGCAAGAGCGAUAUCAAAUACGUUCGAUUCCAAGUGUUUGAUCGAGAUCCAAGUGCUGUUAGUGGAUCUGGAGGUCAUCCUAGUAGUACAGCUGCUUUGGCAGAACAAAACCAAAAGGGUGAGAAGCAAGGCCCCCAAGUAGAAGGCGGCAACAUCUUGCUUGGAGAAGCGCUCGUUCAUCGCGGCUUCUUUCAUCACGGAUUUGACGGCUCUUUGAGACUCUUCAAGCGGGCUCCAGUAGGAUCCAACGCCACGAUCAACAUGAAUCCAGUCGAGUACGAGUGUGGCGAACUCAAGGUCUCAAUUCUGCCCAUCGGUGUUUUGCAGAUGUUCGUCGAGAAGGGAGAGAGCGUCUACGAUCCGCGUUACACGGGUGAGGCGAAUCCGUAUGUGGAAAUGGUAGUGGGAUCGUCAUUCGUUGCGAAGACAGCGAUAUUUAAGGCUUGCCACAUUCAUUUCAUUCUUCAACACGACCACCAUGAUCCUUGACUUGUUGUUUUAUUCCAGUAGGGGUUAUGGUUUAGGAACAUGAUCUUUAAGUGGGUGAUUAUAGGACGAAAGAAGUCAAGGAAGAUGAUGACCAAAACUAACAAGAAUGCAAUGAAUGUUGCAACGUCUAAUAUAUUGAAGAACACGACGAAUCCAGUCUGGGAACACGAUUGCCAUUUGCCCUAUGACCCGACACAGUUUGACGACAGGGUAGAACUUGACUAUGAAGAGAAGGCGGCGCAACCGAUUGUCAACCUAGCUGUGCGGGACAAGGAUAAAGAAGAACCAAUUGCGGUCACGGAUUUGCGGAAGUAAUACUAUAAUGUUGGAGGUUUUCAGCUUUGUAAUUGUAUUAUGUCUACUACUAGAAUUUUUAGUUCUUGUAAUAUUUCAUCGCUUGAUUAUAUUAUAGUGACAGCUGCGUUUUUGGCUUUUUUUAUUAUCUAAGAUCAUCAGUGGGUCCUCGUUCCACCAACCAGCUGCAACCUCCGGCUUCACCACAACUUCAUCUCAUCAGUGAGUCGUUCCACCAACCAGCAACCUCCACCUUCACGCACCACAACUUGAACCAAACACGGAUCGUCCCUAUCUCUCAGAUUCCAUCCCGAGACAGACACGUUUCAGCAUAAGCUUGCUGCUACGCGCCCUAGUGGUGAGGAUGCGGGAACGGUUUUUGUCGAGCUUUGGAGCAUUGAUAGGCCACCAGUAGUGCGACCUCAGGAACAGAAACUGAGCGAGAAAAAGUAUAUGCAGAUGGUAUUGGCGUUGGUGAAAGACCUACAGAAAAGCGACAUGGAGAAGAAGCGAAAACGUUUGCAGGAAGAGGCAGAGGCAAAGUUGACGACAGAUGAAAAUUAUGAAAAAGUAGAAGUUGUUGUGCUCGUGGUAGUAGAGCUGCUUCUAGAGCAGGUACUAGAACGCUUUAGACUGUUUCGCAGCUUUCCCUUUAGAGAUAAAGCACUAAAGGUUGAACUUCUUGACACCACGACGUAGAAUCAAGAAUAUACGUAGACGAGUGAAUAUCUUCUUCUAACUUCCAGCCGCUCGUGCACGAGCUGCCGUAAUGCGCGUAAAACGAAAGGCGAGUCAGAUCCUCGACGAAGUGACGGCUGGCUUCGUCGAUGAGGAGGAGUUUAGAGGAGACACUAGUAGACCAGCAACCGGGACUGAUGGGCAAGAUGCGAGCGAGAAGAGGAUGAAUGUGAAAGUUACAACGACAUGUUGAAAGUGAUCUUUCUGUUCAGUUUCAUUGAAACUACUUGAUGUGCUUGCAGCUUAAGUACUACCUAGAGCAGGGUUUUUGUAAUCAGCACGUACACGAUCUUCACAGUUGUAGAAGAGUUUUUCAAUUCUAGUGUCAGCAGCCUCACGUCUUUCUCUAACCCAUCCCUGAAGUUCGAGCUCCAGCCAUGGCAUAGGAGGACGCCUUUUGCGAGGAGAGUAGUGUACGGGUAUAGGUGGCCACAGGUUCGCGUUCCUAAAGAGGUGAGGCAAGCAUGGUAUUUCGGACAAGUAGGAGGAAAGUUGCCGCCUUUCGCAAAGCAUCUGGAAUUCAUACGGGAAGUGAUGGAAAGGGUACUCCUAUGUAAAUGUAUAGGAUACAACAAUGGUUCCACAACGAUGGAUCUUUCAUGCUGCUACUAGUACUUUUGCCAAGGAGUAGAUUCCGUUUCUCUGAUUUCUCUAUUCAUCCAAUGUACAACACUUACUUAGUACACCAUCCUCCACCCGUCCCCGCAGGAACUCGGCCUCGAGGAGUCAGUCUCUUUGAAGCAAGACGAGGAGAUAAAGGGAAUUCCCAGACGUGCGAUAGAGGACAAUGCUGUAGAGACUGGAUGUCCAAUGUUCCACCUUUGCAAUCUGCCUAUUGUUCCUUCCUUUGCGCAGUUCGCCUUCAACCACGUAGAGAAGUUCUUCGAUGUCCAUGGAGAACAAGUGCGAAUCUCCCUUCCCUUGUCGAAGAGGAACGCGUUGAAACUUCCGGAGUCUGGUGUUUUCCCUUCCGAUUGGGACAGGAUACUGCCUUCUGUGUAUCGCGUCCAAGGCCGCAAGCGGACCUACCGAGAUCAAUUGCUCACUUGCGUAGUCAAGUACGCCCGCAAAAUCUACGAACCGAAUUUUUUAGGAACUUGCGACCCUUAUGUCCGGAUCCACUUUGGUGGUGGAGCCUCGCAUGGCCUGGAAUCGUUGUCGUUGCUUGACGAAGCGGCGAGGGAGGUCUACCAGGAGCAAGACAACUGGUUGCAGAUGGACACCAGAGUAGUGAAGAACAACCGCAAGGAUCCAGAAUGGCGACAAGAGUUCAAGUUCAAAGUUCCUGCGCAGGAGGACAUGUACACGCAGAUGCUAGCUUUCUCGAUCUUUGAUUCGGAUUCUACGACCGGCUUGAACCAAGGAGAUGAUUUCAUGGGCCACUGUGAGAUUCAACUCGAAAGCUUCUCGCGAAAACCGUUCGAGGGAUGCUUGGAACUCAGGAGGCCUGUGGACACUUUGCAUUAUGCACCAUGCUAGAGUUUGAAAAGUUAUCUUAAUUUAAUGCUCGAAGGGAAUUGAGCCUGUGCGUGUGCUCCUACUUUGCCUUGAUCAGAUACAAUUCAUUGCAGUGAGAAUGAUGUUGAUGAUGUCGUUCAGUCUAAGGCCUAAGAAACAUUUUUUCUUCCACCAAGCAACUUACUCGUCGAGUUGUGAGGACAAUAAAUUUAACCUAAAAUAAGGUCCUUCUUCUAAUUUGCACAUACCACGGACACUCUAGCACUGACGCACACGACUAAGACGCAAGUUGCGGGUGUAACCUUCGCGGACGGAAGUAAGAUGCCGGCAGAUUUGCCAGCUGGAAAGAUCUAUCUGCGACUGUCCAUGGAGCCUUUUUCGCAAGAGAAGCUUGAUGCUUAUCGCGCAAAAUUGGAGCUAGAGGCGAUGAAAGAGCGGAUGGGGAAAAAGGACAAAAAUAGAAAAGACUUUGGCGCGAACAAGGGUGAUGAUGGUGAUCCGAAUAGGAAGAAAUCUGCCAAGAAGGAUAGAAACAAGAAAAAGAGAGUCUCUGGUAGUGCUGCAAGUCUUGGUGCCACAAAUAGUGAUAGGGAGUCCGUUAUCAGCUUAGACGGGACAAGCAGUCCAGGAAGCAUUAAUCCGUCGUCGAGGUUGCACGCAAUAGAUUCGUCUCCUGCGGGACUUUCAUCUCCUGGUAGUGAUGGGUCGCCGAUGCGAUCAUCUAGCCGUAGUCCUGGCGGCUCACCACCGUCUCCAACAGUAAUCCAAAUAGACUUAAGGCUAUCACUAAUUCAUCGUGAAGAGCAGCACUUGUUCUACUUUGGCUCCCUUUUCUUUCAGGGAAAGAGAACGCCGCAAAGAUGCCCUUCAAGAUGAACAAUGUAGGCGAGGUCUAAUAGAUGAUACAACAAAUCGAGGAGCAGGUCAAGUUCCUAAGCCCCACGGUUUUCUCGAUGGAGAGACACCGAUUGCUGAGCUUUUGGACCAACGUGCACAGUUUUGGCCAGGUGGCGCGAUCAAGGAUAGACCAGAUGGCAGUCCGAGGUCAAAAUUGAGCUAUUCUCCUAGUAGAAGUCCACGUGGUCUCAGUCCCUUUGACGAGGAGGAUGAAGAGGAAGACGAGCUCCAUCACGUUAAUCCGAUGUUAGAGCGUCGUAACAAUCUCCAAUCACCAGAGUCCAAGGGCAAGAAAGGUCUGGCGAACUUGGCGAUGAGUGCGAUCAAAAGAGCGGCUCACGCGAUGCGGCGGAAGGGUGGUCCAGGACUAGAUUCAGCUAAGGCUCGAAAUAAUUCAUUUCAUCCAGCGCUCAUUUUCUUCUGUUUUCUGCUUGGGAUUCCGAAGAAAUGAGAACCCAAGAAAUGAACUGUUUUGAGCUCUAAUUCAACUUUGUUCAUGUCUGCACGCGACCGAGCAAGGCAUGCACAGGAAUCACGGAAAAUGAAGAUAGCGAAGAAGAAACUACUGAAAAGGGCAACAACAUCUUCAGGAGGAACCGGAAAGAACAAUGAGGAUAGUCAACAUUUGUCGGAUGGAGAAGGACAUCAAGAGAACGAGUCAGAUGAGUUCUCUUCGCUAAGUUCGGAUGAUUUGGAGAAGAAGAGUGACAUUUUCCCAGAAAGACCCGCUUUGCCACAUGGCGCACCUCGCGUCUUCAUCCGGCGUGUGCGGUAUAGCGAAACGCAAGCUUCACCAGCUAUUGUGCUCUGUUAUGCUGCACAUCUCGCGUUCGAAGGAACUAAACAUUUGACUGCCGCUGAGAUCAAGGAGAGGUCGAGGAAGAAGCGAAUCCAAGAACUGGAGAAGACUGGAAAUUAAGGCUUGCCGUAAUUCAUCUUGAGAGUUAAGCAGCAUCUUGAUAGAUUGUUUGCCAGGGUUUUCUUUCUUUGUAAGGGGAAAUUUAACUAGUACCAAGAUGCUCUGCAGGCUGUAAACUAGUACCAAGAUGCUCUGCAGGAUGAAUAUAAUGGGUAAGGAGGUCUAAGGAAAGUCGGCGUUAAACCAGAUAUUGGAUACCGACUUCAAAACACGAAAGAGACGCUGGCAAGAAUAUGGGCCAGAGGCGCACCUUUUUAGCGAUUCUUACAUCCAGCAAAUGCAGGGUCGCUUCGAGGUGUUGCAUCGUGCGCGAGACGACGUAGAUCCGAAUCUUUAUCGUUAUGCACCAGAAUAGUUAGAUGCAACGUGUCAUCCGUCGUUUUUCAUUUAUUUUUGGCUGUCGCUAUUCAAGAUCAAGAGGCCUCCUCGUGAAGCAGUAAGUACUUAUCUUGUGAUAGUUAGUUGCGAGGCCUCGUGAAGGAGCAGUAAGUACUUAUCUUGUGAUAGUUAGUUGCUGUGAAGAAAAUUGACAUAGUGACCAAGAUCGUCUUCUAACCUCCUGACUACGCGCGCAAGAUGCAACGGCGUGCGCGCAGCUAUAAGGGCACCCGAGAGGAGAAGGAGUUUUUGGAGUAUGUCCUCUCGCAAGAGACUGAAAAUCCAGAAUACUUAGCUGCUCUAGAAGCCGAGAUAGCCAGACGAGGUGGCGAAGGCAUGCCUUCUGAGUUAGAACAGGCUUUGGCUACAGUGAUGUCACAGGGCGAGUUCAAGAACUGGGGAGGUGAUAGGUACUCCCUUCACCGGGAGCUGAGUCCUCAUAAAGUCGUGCACGGCAGACCCGAAAGUGCAACAGGCAUGUCAAACCGUGAUACUUUGACGAAUACGCUGAAUGGUAGUACAAUGAACAACACGCUGAUGAACACAACGUUGAACACGACGCUGAGGAACCACGAGAACAUUAAGGCUACUGGUGCUGAAGCAUCCAACCACCUCAGCCAAGAAGCUCUUUUUCAUCUACUUGAAAAAGACGCGGCCAAGGAUGCUUGCUUCCAAAAGGAUGUCAAAAAUAGAUACGGCAGCUCUAAGAACAGCACGAUGAACAACACGUUCAUAACAGAGGCACCAGGCGGCGAUCAUGUAGACCACUCGCAACAAGGUCCUCCUGGAGGUCGUGGUGGUAUGUUUGGCGGAGAAAGCAGUAGCCCUAGCCCAGACGACGGCACAUCUGGAGAGAGGUUCUUCCGCGAACCACGUCCAAAGCAGGAUCUGAAUGCUCACAGAGUGGCACAAGCCAAAAUGGACCUGAAGAUGUACAAGCGUAGUAAGAAUGACUACGCGAAGCUGAGUCCAAUGGAGCUGAACCAGGGCGUUGUGCCUCGAACGAUGUUCAAUGCCACUCGACUAGGAGGCAUCGGGCGUGUAGAAUUAGACUUGGGAGAUACCGACGAUGAAAUCACAGAAUAUUAUGAUUUGGGUUGGGAUCAUUUUCUGCUCGAGAAUGAGACUUAGCUUGCUUAGCCGUCUAGCGCUCUCCUUGGUCCUCUUGUUCUUUUGCUCCUUCUGCAAAAGGGUCCUCGUGGUAGAAAAACCACAUUCCCUUACACUCACUAUUGCAAGUAAUUUCUCAUGAUCUCUGUCUCGACGUCUAACCUCUCGAGCAAUUCUACUGGGAAAGGAAGGGCAUGGCGAUUUUAGAAUCGGGCUCGGAACCGAAGCGUGCACGUACUCGAGCCGGCGAACCGAAGUUGCCUAGACGAAGAGGCCUUCUACUCCCAGGAGGCAAAGUAGCGCAGUCUUCAGUCCAGAAACAAACUGAGAUUAAGGCUCCUCGAUAUAACUAAGUAAGUCUUUCAUUUCCAUAGGUCACCGUGGUCACAUUUCUUCGUGUCCACCUUGUCGGGAUACUACAGGAGGUCACUCAACAAUGAUUGUUUUGGUUUCCUUGUUGAAGGGGUACGCUCGUUCGUUCUGACAAGAUGUAAUAAAAUGUAAAUGAGUCUCCUGAGAAAUGAAUCGCUUAUGCUUUUGCCUAUUCAAAAACGAGGAAUAUGCGAGUCACUAAGUGAAAUACGGGAGGUAGCUUUACAAGGCGACUCUUCCUUCUCAGUAUCUACUCGCUUAUAAUUUGGAAAACUCAGUUUGUAGUUACUUGCUUAUUUCAACAGUUUAUCGAGUAUAAUGCUUCUUCUUGUUUUGAGCGGCUCUAAUGAUCUUGUUUCCAUCGAUCGGCUGAAGGAAAAGAAGAGUUUCCACGAGGCCCAAAGAAUGCGAGUGAGAGAGCGUGAGAUCAAACAUCCAGACAGACUGCCAUUGUCCGAUGGCAAGCCCCGUCGCGACUUGUUUGCGCAAGGCACAGUGCCCGUAAUGUCUCCGAACCAACCCGACGAGCCACCUGCUUAUCGUGGAAGACGUUCGCCUCGUAGAAUCAACGCGACGAUGGCGACCGCAAGUUACGGAUUUCUUAGACUAAAAGCGGCAUCAACCCAUCUGUCUCGAACAACCUCUUUAUUUCUUUGCCGUUUUCAUUGUUCUAGUUGUACUUGAAAACUACUGUAAGGGUCGUGCUGGAAAGGUGUUGUUCUAAAUAAAGUAACAGUGGAAUAAGAUGUUGUUCUAAAUAAAGUAACAGUGGAAUAAGAUGUUGUUCUAAAUAAAGUAACAGUGGAAUAAGAUGUUGUUCUGAAAAAUAAAGUAACAGUGGAACAAAGAUGUUGUUCUAAAUAAAGUAACAGUGGAAUAAGAUGUUGUUCUGAAAAAUAAAGUAACAGUGGAACAAAGAUGUUGUUCUAAAUAAAGUAACAGUGGAAAGAAAGAUGUUGUUCUGAAUAAAGUAACAGAUGGGUCGCCAUUACAACCUGUUCUAAGCAAGUAGUGCCUAUAGUAGUGCAAAAGAAUUGCCGACUUCACCGUCUGUAGAACGGGAGCGAAGGAGAAGACUUCUUGGUGCAGAAAGGCGGGAAGCAGAACGAGAUUACGGGAUGACUGGUGGUUCGGAUCGUUUCGUAGUCAAAGUCGCGCCCGCUGAUAGUCCCGAUAAGUAUCCACAUCAAUCGCCACAGAAACUCAGGAAGAGAACUGCUGCUGGUGGUAAUUUUAAGGCUUGUUGUUGGUUCUCAUUCGUUUUCGUAUUCAUUAAUACUUUCAGAAGUAUCUUUCUUUGACAUGUUUGUUAGUUUUCAAAGGAAAAUGGAGAAUGGUCAAAGAUCCCUCGCUUCGAGAUUAAUAUUAAAGAGCAAAACAAUAUCUACAUCGGUAAUGAUGUUUUCUAAAAAGAAUGCUGCAGCCGGAACGUCUACUUCCAGUGUUUCUCCAGCAGGCAAAGGACAACGAGGAGGUUUCCUGUCUUCGCCUUCGCCUGACGCGAAGCGACCAAUCAACGUCGCAAACACCACAGUCGGUACUGUGGUGACCACUACCACAGACACUACUGGAACCUCUGAACUGAUCGAUCAGAGGGAGGCGGCGAAAGUUAAGGCCAAGCACUCAUAAUUCAUCUUGUUGCAAAGCACUUCUUUGGUGGAACCUUCUCCUUCGUUCCGAUGGGGAAAACACAUCACAGAUUGGUUUCCCCAAGUAGGGGAAAGCAUAUCUAUGUAUCAGCCACGCUUUUCCCGAUGGAGAAUUACUAAAAAUAUCACAGAUGCUCAUCUCAAAGUAUCUAGUAUGAACGAUGCUCUCAAGCAAGAUGAAUUAUAUGGUUGUAUUCAGAUCUAAGAAAGGAAUGUGGUCCGAGAUGUAUCAACAGGGUACGUCGACCUCGAGGAGACCAGGCUUCUGGAAGAAGGAUCAAACGUGGGAUGCGACGCGAGGUAUGGCGCCACCCAAGUUGAUGCCUUUCCGGUCCAAAGGGAUUGUGGAGGAUUACGAAAGAAAAGAAGAAGCUCAGGCGCAGAUGUUCCUUGGAGGAGAGGAAGUUUGAUGGAAAAACUACGGAACUCAGUGUCUAGUACCAAAGAGAUUCAGACUGUCAAUAGCAUCAUGUAAAGUAGACUGCAUCUGCAGCAUCAAGCAAUAAUAUCAUGUAGUAAAGCAGCAUGUUCAUAUAUUACAGAUUGUUUGUUCAUCAAAACAUCCAGACUAUGGCGACGUCAUAUCUAACCUUAUUGUUCAUCAAAACAGCAGCCUACUCAUGGCUGAAUCCAUUGUAGUAGUUCGUCGAAAAGCACAUUCAUGACAUUUCUGAGAAAUCUUACACACAUAGUAAAGAGCCCAUUUGAUGAAGAUCAUGACCAUGCAUCUUCGAAAAUUAACAUCGCAUGUAAUGAAGAACUUACCGUGAUAGUCAUCACUUAUAGCAGAGUUGAGAGAGUCGUUAAUCUUACCGUACUGUCAGCCGAUUGUAGAAAUCUUAUUGUUCUCUGAAAACCAUGUCAUAAUAUACACAGUACAGUGCCGAGCAUACUUCUUAGAAUUAUAUAUUUAUAAUCAGAAAGCAUACGAAGACGAACUAACAUGAAAUUAGAUCCCGUGUAAAGCCAUAAUAUCCAUUGAAACGAAAGAGUCUUUCCAAAAUUUGUUACGAUUCAAACAACACGCAAAGGAAUAGUUAAGUUAGUACGAUGAAACAGUUAUCGACGCCGUUCAAAGAGUACGAGUAGUGUUUGGGUAGAAUUCAUUUGCAUGCAUAACGAACUAUAAUUCAGUCGAAAUCAGUGACGAGUUGUCUGGCAAGUAAGCUAGUGCUAGAAGAUUUUGCGUAACUAUUAACAAGAGUAGUUAAGAUCACAAUAGUAACAAGUGUACUUAAGAUCACAACAAAUGUACAAGAACGAGAAUACAAGUAUUACUUACUUCGAUUACUUCAAAAGUCCAAGAAAAGUCUAAGAGUAAGCAUAUGGAACAAUCGUAAGAAUCAGUCCCUUGUAUCGCUGAACAUAUCUUUUAGAUUCAAGUCAGUUAGUAAUAGUUUGCAAAACAAAGUAGACAGUAAGUCCUGCAGCUGCUAGUAGGAAACGUACUUAAACGGAAGUGCAUCAAGAAAACACGACUCGUCCACAACUCUUGUCGAAUUACAGAUUGUAUAAACCACGAAGAAAAGAAGUUUUCCCCUUCCUUAUCCUUGAUGAUACUCCCAUUGAUGUUACUGUAUAUGUACGAGGAUCAAGCUAAAAAGAAGUCCUAAUUGUAAUACGUCUUUGAUAGGACGAGAUCAGUGUGUUUUGGUGCAAGGAAGCGCGUUCGAGAAACAUGACGCGAACGCGUCCUGUCUAAGCAGUUGCCGAGACCGACGCACGCGGCUAGUGUAGAGGAAGCUCGACGCAGACGCUCCAUAAGGCACGUGAAAAAAAUUCGGUAUCUGGUAGAUCCUUUUUCGGCGUUUUCAUAGUCGUGAACGCUCACCUCCCUAGUCAUCCGAAGUGGACUGCGACGUCGAGCAGAUCCGCACUAUAAUUCUCGUGCCUUUUAGGCAGGCGUAUAAGAGCGGGACGGUUGGCAGCCGGUGGAGGUUUAUGUAUUAUAAGACUCUUAAUCCGCCUGCUACUCUGCUCUACUAACAGUGGC